GUCAUUUUGUCGUGUAUGUUCUCUCGGUACGGAAGUAAUUUAAUGCAGCGCUUGAUUAUCAAACUUUUUAUAAAAUAAUGUAAUUUGUAUUUUUUAUAACGCAAAGCAAAACAACACGUGCUAUAGUUAUAAAUUGCAACAACAAACUUUGUUAUAAAUUUUGAGCAGUGACUUAACAAAGAAUUCAACUCAAGGCAACAACAAUAUCAACAAUAAUAUAUAUUUUAAAAGGAAUUAGUAAAGAAUACAGCGCAAGAACUGCAUAGUUGCUAGAUUUGUGGAGUAAAAAGUUUAAGGACUUAAAAAGCAUUGCAAACACAAAGGAUACCAAAGAACGGAUAAAGUAGAAAACAAGUGCUUAAAUAAUUUCGAUCUGCAGUGUAAAUAAAAUCAAAAUAAGUAAAAACAAAGAAACAACAAAUAAGAAAAAGACAAUAAUUGCAAAGAAGAGAAAAAGUUAAGUGGUGAUUGACAACAUACAAAGAAGCAAAGAAAAGCGGUUCAACAGAAGAGUUACGAUAGGCUAUGCAAAUGCUGCAUUCCGGAAAUGUAGUGGAAUCCGGUGCAGUUUAUUACAACUGAAGGCAUAUUGCAUAUAGCAAAAAGCAGUGUAUCAGUGUAUGCAUGUAAGGGGAACACAUGAUAAUGCACUGGAGUUAUUUGCUUCAAGCAAGGAUAAUUUCAAAUCAAAAACAAUAACAUACUAAGGCAACACGUACGAAUAACUGCAAAUGACAUGUAGCAUUACUGCACCAAAUACUGCAAGAGAUUUAGAAACAAGUAGAAAAAAUAAACUUAGAAACAUACGUACGUUUAUUUAUAUAAUAUAUAUUGAGCAACUUGUAGAUACGUCUUAAGACUGCACUUGUGAGAUACUCAGUAGGUAAAUGCUUGUGUAAUUGCUUUCGUUAGCCCUGUGUGUGUAUAUAAUCACAGAGCCAUAGAGAAGAUAUCCGUGCAAACAUUUUAUCCCAACAAAAAUACAUCGGUUAACAAAUUGCGUAGCUAUUUCGAAUCAGUUUUAAGCAGUGCGCGAAACUACGCGGUAAAGUGCAUUAUUGAAUUCCAUAAACUGCGAAAUUUUAGUGAGCUAUAAAAAUAUUACUAACAUCUCAGAAAACAAACCCAGAACUCAAAAGAAGCAUCAACUCUCCAUUGGUUCAUAUCGGCAAAAAACACAAUCAGGAUUUUUUCUACUCCAUUAAAUAUUCUUCUUUGUAUCGACCACAGAGCUGACUUAGGUUGCCCUACUUUUAUUGUUUGCUGCAAGUGUGACGUCAUUGGAAACAAUAUUAAGUUUUAUUCAAAAUCUCGUUUACGUUCGGUUUGAUUUGUUAGCAUGGCACGCGGGUCACAUAAUUCGGUUUUAUCCGGGCUAAGUAAUGACAUUGCUCGCAUAAGUUUGGUUGUUUUUGUUUUACUAUUACGGUUGUCUUCGGUAUUUGGCGUUUCAGAUCGUUUGGUUGUACAAACAACAAGCGGUCCUGUACGCGGUCGUUCGAUAACAGUACAAGGACGCGAGGUGCAUGUUUACUCUGGCAUACCUUAUGCAAAACCACCAGUAGAUGAUUUACGUUUUCGCAAGCCGGUGCCCGCUGAGCCAUGGCAUGGGGUUUUAGACGCUACACGUUUACCGGCAACCUGUGUACAAGAAAGAUAUGAAUAUUUUCCUGGAUUUUCUGGUGAAGAAAUAUGGAAUCCUAAUACAAACGUUUCUGAAGAUUGUUUGUAUAUAAAUAUUUGGGCACCGGCAAAGGCACGAUUAAGACAUGGCCGCGGUGCAAAUGGUGCGGAGCAUGCUGGAAAAUCAGAAACAGAUCACUUAAUACACAAUGGUAAUCCGCAAAAUACCUCUAAUGGACUGCCAAUUUUAAUUUGGAUUUAUGGUGGUGGUUUUAUGACUGGUUCUGCAACGCUUGAUAUCUAUAAUGCUGAUAUUAUGUCCGCUGUUGGAAAUGUUAUUGUUGCAUCUUUUCAGUAUAGAGUUGGAGCAUUCGGAUUCUUGCACUUAUCUCCGGUUAUGCCUGGAUUUGAAGAAGAAGCACCUGGUAAUGUUGGAUUAUGGGAUCAAGCACUGGCUAUACGUUGGUUGAAAGAAAAUGCUAAAGCAUUUGGCGGGAAUCCAGAAUGGAUGACAUUGUUUGGUGAAUCAGCGGGUUCAAGUUCAGUAAAUGCUCAACUUAUGUCACCAGUUACGAAGGGUUUAGUCAAACGAGGUAUGAUGCAAUCAGGUACUAUGAAUGCACCAUGGAGUCAUAUGACAUCUGAAAAAGCUGUGGAAAUUGGAAAGGCACUUAUAAAUGACUGCAAUUGCAAUGCUUCAUUAUUAGCGGAAAAUCCUCAAGCUGUUAUGGCUUGCAUGCGUGCCGUUGAUGCAAAAACAAUUUCUGUUCAGCAAUGGAAUUCAUAUUCGGGCAUUUUAAGCUUUCCAUCGGGGCCAACUAUUGAUGGAGCCUUUUUACCAAGUGAUCCAAUGACUUUAUUACAAACAGCUGAUUUGACUGGUUAUGAUAUACUAAUGGGCAAUGUUCGUGAUGAAGGAACUUACUUUUUACUAUACGAUUUUAUUGACUAUUUUGACAAAGAUGAAGCGACCGCUUUGCCGCGCGAUAAAUAUCUGGAAAUAAUGAACAAUAUUUUCAGUAAAGCGACUCGAGCAGAACGGGAAGCUAUUAUCUUUCAGUACACGAGUUGGGAAGGUAAUCCAGGAUACCAAAAUCAACAGCAAAUUGGACGCGCUGUUGGUGACCAUUUCUUCACCUGCCCCACCAAUGAGUACGCUCAAUCGUUAGCUGAACGAGGCGCUGCAGUGCACUACUACUAUUUUACACAUCGUACAAGCACUUCUUUGUGGGGUGAGUGGAUGGGAGUGUUGCAUGGUGAUGAGAUUGAGUAUUUCUUCGGGCAGCCUUUGAAUAAUUCGUUGCAGUAUCGACAAGUCGAACGCGAACUUGGCAAAAGGAUGCUUAACUCGGUUAUUGAAUUUGCAAAAACAGGCAAUCCAGCAACAGAUGGUGAGGAAUGGCCUAAUUUCUCCAAGGAGGAUCCCGUUUAUUACACAUUUAGUACUGAUGACAAAAUUGAAAAAUUGCAGAGAGGUCCUUUAGCGGCACGUUGUUCCUUCUGGAAUGAUUAUUUGCCAAAAGUCAGAAGUUGGGCAGGUUCGGGUUGUGAUGACAAUGACAGCACGAAAGCAGCAGGCGCUUCUACAUUGCUACAGUCGAGAAGACUAGUAAUACUCGCAGUGCUAGGUUUUAGUAUUUUCCCCAUACAAAAUCUGUACUAAAAAAUAAAUACUUGAAAAAUAAUAAAAUGAAAGAAAAGAAAAUGAAAUAAAAUAGGUAAAUUUAAUAAAAGACAUAAUAAUAUAUAAUACAAAAUAAUAAUUCAAUGAAAUAGUAAAACAAUGAACAAAGCUGCGAAAUGUUGCAAAAGAGAAAGGAUAUAGUCUUUUUAUUUAAUGUGAAAAAAGAGAAACAAAUUGAGAGUAUAAAAAACCCAACAAAUUAUCCAAAAAUUUAAAAUGCACACCAUGAAAAUCGGUAAUCCAUUCACAUGCAGAUAUCGGUGUAUAUAAGCACUACUGACUGCAGAACCGUCGCCUGGCGACAAAAUUGAUUGAUUGAUUUUGAAACUGAACCAAAAACCUUUGCAUUAUCGAAUUCAAUAAAAGCACAAAAAAUUUUUAACACAAAUGUGAGAAAAAUAUUUAUAAUAUAUUUGAUUCAAUAAUUUUUUUGUGAAUUUUUGGCAAGGAAACCCUUCAAUUAUCUCAUCACAAAUUUAUUAAUUAAAAAAAUUGAAAAAUUGAAAAAUUGAUAAAUAAAUUGGAAAAACAAGAAAACUAUUUCAUAAAAUAGUGCAGCGGAAGGCUGUACUAAAAUACUGAUAAGAUUGGUACUAAAAAUUUUAAGCAAAACAAUUUUUUAUAGGCGUCAAAAAUCUAAAU